UAAAUGUAUCAUCCCGGCGGCCACGCAGGCAGGAGCUAUCGACCACGGAGUUGCAUGACACGAGCCACCGGAUCCAUCCUUGAAAGAGGGCGCCUCGGGUGAGGCAGUAGCCAUUUGGGGCUCAGGCUGUAUACACAAACAGCGAAUCCUCUACCUCUUGGUCCUUCCACCAGGUGAGAUGGGACCAGGCACGGCAAACCCGGCCAAGUGGUUGGUGUUGUUGUUGGCCCAUUCCGUACUAAUCGCGGCUGCCCUCGAAGUGCAGCCACGCACCAACUCUUCCUCAGAGACCAGCACUACCUGGACCCUGCUGCUCAGCUCGAACUUGGGCAACACCAACAUCGGGGAUUUCUCCAGUGGCUCCACGUACGGAACCCAGAGCAGCUACACCUGGUCGGAUUAUCGGAUCGGCUACACUGGGUCGCAGCUCCAGAGUCUCGGCAUGUAUGGUAUGCGCGUGACUACCGCAUCUGGAUAUUCGGUCGAGCACUACUGGACCCUGAGCACCUCGGGCUUCGACAACACGUGCACGAGCUGCAAUUGCGCCGGUAACCAUCUGGGCACAGCUACUACUGGCACGGCGGACGUGGCGGCUGCUGGGGCUCGUCGCACUUCGGGCUCAAGAGGGAGGCCGAUGUACACAGCGCGUGCAGCGUUGGGGGCUACGAAAAUGGCAACGCCUGGGGCCACUUCCACCGCACGCACAUCAAUACGGGCGUCUAUUUUUUCGGCGACAGCUGCAUCAACUUUAACGAGUGGGGGGAGCGGUACUUCUUCUGGGGCGCCUUUGCGACGCCGUCGCCGACUCCGUACCCGACGCCCUACCCGACGCCCUACCCGACGCCCUACCCGACGCCCUACCCGACGCCCUACCCGACGCCCUACCCGACGUCGUACCCCACGCCGUACCCGACGCUUUACCCGACACUCUACCCGACACCCUACCCGACGCCAAACCCGACGCCGAGCCCGACGCCGAACCCGACGCCGUACCCGACUCCGUACCCGACGCUGUACCCGACGCCGUACCCGACGGCCUUCCCGACGCCCUUCCCGACGCCCUUCCCGACGCCCUACCCGACUGCUUUCCCGACGCCCUUCCCAACGCCUUACCCAACGGCCUUUCCGACGCCUUACCCGACGGGCUUCCCAACGCCCUUCCCGACGGCCUUCCCAACGCCCUUCCCGACGCCCAGCCCGACGCCCAGCCCGACGUAUCCUCCGGGUUGGCCGACGCCGCAUCCGACGUUUCCUCCUGGAGCUCCCAUGGCGGGCGGAGCCGGCGGAGGCGUGGCUGCCACGGGCGAUCCCCACCUCCAAAACGUUCAUGGUGAGCGAUUCGAUCUGAUGAAGCCGGGCAAGCAUGUUUUGAUAAACAUCCCGCGUGGAACGAGCGCUGAGGAGGCAUUGUUUCGUGUGCAGGCCGAUGCGCGCCGACUGGGGGCACAUUGCGCGGACCUGUACUUCCAGGAAUUGAACGUUACUGGGUCUUGGGCAGAGGCAAAACAACACGGAGGGUACCAUUACAGCGCCUCGCAGAGUGUUGCGGGUACUCCGCCAUGGGUUGCGUUCGGUCAGGUUGAGUUGAAAGUCGUUCAUGGACGCACGGGCGGUGGCCUCCUGUACUUGAAUGUAUACGUGAAGCACUUAGGGCGAGCAGGGUUUGCCGUCGGAGGUCUGUUGGGGGAAGACGACCACAAAGACGCAAUGACUCCCCAGGCGGCAUGUGCAGAGUAUACAUCUCUAUCGGAAGCGCAAAAGAGCGGCCAGGUUCCUUCCUCCGCGCCGUCAGUUGCGGUGGCAACCCUGGCGUGACCGCACGGGACAAUGGAGGAUGAGGGCACGAAGAAGUGCGUCCCCUGAGCCGUGAGCGCUCCUCCCGAGGCAUGUGCGAUGCGUGAGGAUCCUUUUGUUUUCUGUGGAAUAACAUGAUCACCGUCGCUCUAUGCCAUCUGCUGCCCUUGCGUCCUCCGCUUGACAGCAUUAGCAUUCCCCUACAGUCUGGUGUGGGGCUGGGGGUGAGGACCUGUUUGAACCUGAAGUUGGAGAAGGGGAGGGGGAGGAUCACCACGUGCUCAUUCGUUGUUUUGCUGUGCAGCCGAAAGGCCAAACAUGGAUCCAGAACGACAAAGAGUCUCGGGGGCCGGGGGGUGAGACCCCUAUAGCCCACAAUUGCCAAACUCACAUCGUCGGAUGUCUGG